AUGAAGGCCUUGCACAGCCUGGAUGAGGUGCGCCACGUGCGGCUGAAUGUCUCCGAGCUUGAGUCGACAUGGGCGCUAAACUUGGACAAAUUUCCCAACUUGCGAACAGCAACCUUCUCGCCGAACCCGGGGACCUGGACCAUCAAUAUUCCCCAGCAAGCAGGUUCCGACCAACUGUUAGACGCGAAUGUGAUGCUAAAGGUAUGGCAUGUCCUAGAGUCCAGAGACGGCCGCCCGGUCAGAGAGGCGUUCCAGAAGAAGACUCGCGGCUAUAGAAUACACUUUGUCUUUCCAAUACGGUUCCACUUAAUGGAAAAGUCACAGAACGGAUCUCCACGCUGGCAAUUGAGCGUUUGGCGAGCCGAUUUGGACAGAGGAACUAUCGAGCGAGACUGGCGAGAGGUAAAUCUCGUUCAGGAAGCGACGCUCGAUUAA